UAUUAGGACAAGCACUGUAUCCGACUGAGAUCAUCUUCACCUGCCUCUUCUCUAACAUUUCAUCCUAUUUCGAACAUCAGCAAUGGCCAAUCGAUUUUUUCUUCUUACGAUGUUUAUGGUUUUUGCCCAAUUGACCAAUGCACAGAAGGCAUCCUGCCCUAGCGUAUAUUCUAUGUGUUAUUGUCAAGUAUCUUAUCCUGGAAUUAUCCUCGACUGCGACGCUAAUUAUGACAGUCCUGAAAGCAUACGAGAAAGGCUGGAAUUCUACAAACCCUAUGGUCCUAUAAUGUCUCUCAGAAUACAAGGGAUCGGAGAUUACUUCAAUUACGUACCGGACGAUUUCCUAGCAGGAAAUCAAAUCCCGGAAGUUAAAUUUAUUUGCAGCCACGGACACUCAACUACAGGAAACAUGCUAAUGCUCAGCUCAAGAGCAUUCACUGACAGCACGGACGUGUGCGGUUUAACAGGCAAUGUCACCUUUUCAGACUGUAACAUGCGUGAUUUCGAUUCAACUACUUUGACUAAUUGCAAUCAGCUGAAGAAAUUAGCCUUUAUGGACAGCCAUGUCGAUAGAAUUAGAAACUUACCCACUCUUGAAAGUUUGACCAAUUUCACAGUAUAUUCUCGAAGUUUGUGGUCUUACGCAAGCCAAAAAGGACUGUCCCAAAUCACCUUAGCUCCAGGAGCAUUGCUCGCUAAUUUAACUUACCUGGACCUUACCGGCAAUAGUCUAGGAGACGAUUCUAUUGAAUUCAUCCCUCAGCUGCGGUUCCUCCAAGAAUUACGUUUAGAAGGCAAUAAUUUUACUUCUGUCACUAAUUUGACGAACGCCAUUGAUUUGCAUACCGUGUCGAUGACGCUGAAUUCAAGUGCGACCAACGUUUCCAUUUGGCUGCCGAAUCCGAGAUCACAAUUCCGACCUCUAAGUGCAAAAUUCUAUUCCAUCAGUUCAUCCAUGGUCUACGAUGUGGCUCUUCUAGAAGGAAUGUUUGUGAAUGACGUCAUCAAUUUCGAGUUUAAAAUGGACGAAUUCCAAGAAGAUGUUUUCCUUAGUCCGUUGCAGUCGAAUGGCCUCACCAUUUACUUGAACUCGAACUCAAGGAUUACAUGUGGCUGCAGGAUUUCGUGGCUAAUUCGUGAUAAUCGCCCACUCUUGGACCGUGUUUACAACGGAAUUUGCAUGGAUGGACGUUCUUUUGCCACGAUUCCAUUGGAGGAAGUGUCUUGCUGUUCAACCGACUCGCUCCUAAGGCGGAUCAGUUUCUUGCAAAAAGAAAACGAUAACCUAAAGGCCAAUCAAAAUGCCAGAUGCAGUCGAGAGGAAGCUCUCCCUGCGCAGCUGUAGGCCUUCGGCGGAAGUGUCAAUAGUCUGAGCCUUUUCAUUCCGGCGCCUAUAGCAAAAUUCUAUUACUAUUUUUUUUUUUAAAGAAUCAUAGAGUUCUACUAACAUACAAUAUAAAAUAGCCUAGAGCACA